AUGACGUUCCCUUCCUCCUCGAAUUACCACCAAAACAAAUCUCCUUGUCUUUCCUUGCGCGAGAGACAACUCCUCGUGUUCGGGUACCCGCGAAAAGUCUCCCCGGGGGAAGUCUUGUCACUGGUGCGUUUUCUCGUCCAAGACGACGACGAAGAAGAUAAUGAAGAAGUAAAAGAAGAGACGGGGAAAUAUGUGGUUAAAAUUUUAGACGAAGUGGACGUGCACGGGUGCUCCGCCGCGUUCGUGCAACUCCCGAGAACGACGACGAGAGCGCAAAGGUUUCGAGCGUUCGAGAGGAAAAUCCAAAGUGGAAUUCAGUUUGAAGGGGAAAAUAUUUACGCGAGAGCGUUCGAUGCGCCGAACAGACCGGAAGCGUUGAAAGGACUCCCGAGGACCGUGGAGGAGGUGUUUAAGAAAAAAGAGGAGGAAGAGGCGAAGACGACGAUUCAGACGACGAUUCAGACGAAGAAGAGCGCUCCGGAAGGGUACGCUAUUGGCGGGAACGUUGGUGGGAGCGACGACGGAAGCGGAUACGGUACGAAGAGGAAACGAGACGGUCCCGGUCCGCUCUUAUCGCUUUCGGAAAACCUAGUAGUAGCGGGAGGAGUAGACAUCGUUCGCGAAGAAGAGAGACGACGUUUGAUUCGAGCGGAGGUGUCUGGUGGUGGUGUUUUUACGCGAGAUUUCGACGCGGUUGAGUUUCUCGAGUUUGACCCGGCGACGAGUCAACCCGGGGAAUGCGAAAGAUCGAGCGUGAAGCUCGUCGGUCGCAGAGGUAACAAUAACGUAGAGAGAAAACUUGCCGUCGUUUACGCUGCAGAAGCGCUGUCGUUUUUUAUCGGUGCAAGGGGCCUCGCAGUGAGAAGAAUGAGGAACACAUUUCCGACGGUAGCGUUUGAAUGCAUCGAGCAUCCACAAAGAUGCGUGUUUUUGUGGCAGAAAGGCACGGGCGCGAAUGGCGACGAAGAAGUGGCGAAAUGCGAAGAAAUUUUAUUCGAGAAGGCGGUUUUAGAGACGAUUGGAACUUUAGAACGGACGACGGAGGAGUAUGAUUCGUUGUUGAGCGCGAAGAAAGUGGCCGCCCGGACGAGCGCGACGAGUUACGAUUUCAGAAGUCAACGAAGUAGCGAAGAUACCGGAUUUGUUGUUCGUACUCAAAGCGAUAGCCAUCCCGCUCCGUUUGUUGAUAAAACGCCGUUACCACCGCCAACGGCAAACGAGUACGAUCAUCUGUAUCAAAAUGAUGACAAAGAGGAGGAGGAAGAAGAAGAAAAAUUUGAGAACACGAAUAGAAUUUUAGACGGCGACGACGACGAUUUCGGAGGAACAGGCUUUGUUGGUGGUGAUGACGAAGACGGUACCUAUGAAAAGUUAGACGAAAGAACCAAACUUGUAUCGCGAAACACUCCGUCACCGAUUGAGGAGGAGCUACAAGACGUCGACGCCGACGCCGCUGAGCCCGAGAAGAAUAAAGACAUAAACUCUCGACUGGACGUCCACAGAGCGUGUUCGGAAAAGCUCAUUUCGAGAACAGACAUCUUGUUCGUCCUCGGCGCGACGAACAAAGAUUCGGGAAGCAUUACCGAACGAUUUGAUUUAAACGAGCGAUUCGUGAGAGUGCGCAUGCCAAAAGGUAAAACCGUUUCCGCGAGCAACUACGCGUGCGGGAUUGUAACGAAAGCUACAAUGGAACCAGGACGAACGAAAAUGCACGAAGUGACCUGGAAACUCGUUCUCGAUUUAGGCCUCGCAUCCGUACCUUCGUAUAUCACGGACGUGGCUUAUUUGUCGAACGAUAGUUUUACGCAAACCGAGACGAGCGCUUUCGCGGAUAAUUUGAAAACCAGAGACGGUGAGGAUGUCGCGAUGGAAAUGGUGUUCGGUGUUCGGGCCUUAAAUGUGUGA